AUGAAGUUCACAACAGCUAUUGUCGCCUCCCUGGUGGGAACCAGUACUGCCUUGUUCGACAAGAACCAGCCUUGGGGUAAACGCGACUACGCCUGCGUUAAUGUCUACCAAGGCAUCCCGGACAACUCGACUGUUUCCGCUGGUCAGACUGUGCAAGUCCGGUUUGAUCGCAAGCCUACUGGACGCUGCCCCGAUCCGUUGGCCCAGUAUCCUGGCGACGACUACAGUGUGUGGUUGUAUAAUAACCCCGUACGCAAUCGGGAUGUCAUCUCCUUUGACCAGUCGAUUAAGAUUACCGACGGUGUAAAGGAGAAGGCGGGUGUUGUCUCUGUCACUAUCCCUAAGAACUUGCCUGAAGUCAAGGAUGGCUCGGUUUGGUAUUUGAGGGUUGGGACUACUCUUUCUACGGCCCCUCAGAUGCCCAGCUUGUUCAACGCUGCCGGUCCGUUCACAAUUGCCCAUGCGUAA